CCUGAAGUUGAGUUUGAACCUGUUUCAUCAGCUACCACUCAUCCUGCGUGAUUCCAAAAGAAGGAAAGGGUAGCCCAACAUGGACACCGACUUUGAAGAAUCGUACCUCUCGAAUCUCGCGUCGUCAUCCUCGACGCCGGCGGGCUUGAGGCCCUACUACAUCAAGCUGGUUGACCUGUACAACCGUAAGCUCUGGUACCAACUCACGCUCUCACUCGAUGAAUUCCUUUCGCAUCCCGACAGCCAGAACCCCCCAUCGAUACAGAUCGAACUGUACGAGCGGUUCGUGACGCAGUUUGAAAAGAAGAUCAAUCAGUUGAGUAGGGCAGCGAUCGCUGUCAAGGUCGCGCGGCAACAUGAAGAUCCUUCUCAAGCCAUUGCCUUCUUGCAACGUAUCAUCCCUUCGAUCGCGCCUGCACCACCCGCUGCCACGCCGGCUGCAGGUUCCGGGGCGGCAGCAGCUCCUUCUGCCACGAUGGCAGCAACGACAGGCGUACAAGCAGCAACAUCGAGUGGGCAAUCUCAGAGCCUAGAGGCCUAUGUAUUUGUGUCGAUGGAAGCCGCUCACUUCCAACUGCUGCUGGGGAAUCUCGCACAGACCAAGAAGACGAUGGAUGAGUGCCAGAAGAUCUUGGACGGCUUUGACAGUGUGGAGAUGGGCGUCAAUGCAGCGUACUACAGAGUAUGCGGAGACUAUCACAAGGCAAAGGCCGAGUAUGCUCCGUACUACAAGAAUUCUCUGCUCUACUUGGCCUGCGUCAACCUGGACAAGGAUUUGAGCAAGGACGACCAGAUCCAGCGGGCGCAUGAUCUCGCCAUCAGCGCCCUGCUAGGUGACACAAUCUACAACUUUGGCGAGCUGCUCCUGCACCCCAUCCUCUCCGUCUUGCAAUCCACACCUCACUCCUACCUGUCGGACCUGCUGCACGCGUUCAACUCGGGCGAUCUCGGGCGCUUCGAGUCUCUCUUGCCGCACCUCUCUUCCAAUGAGCCGAUUCUCGCAGAGAAUCAGCCGUUCUUGCGCCAGAAGAUAUGUCUGAUGGCGCUGAUUGAAAGUGUGUUUAAACGCAGCAGUGAGGAUCGAGUCAUCAGCUUCGAGGCCAUCGGCCGCGAGACAAGGCUGCCGGCGGACGAGGUGGAGCAUCUGGUCAUGAAAGCUCUUAGCCUCAAGCUGAUCCGCGGAACGAUGGACCAGCACAAACAAGAAGCACGCAUCACUUGGGUACAGCCGCGCGUCCUCAGUCGUCCGCAGAUCGAGGCGCUGCACGUCAGGCUGGGUCAAUGGUGCGAGAAGGUCAAAGAGGUCGGCGAGUUUGUCAAAGGGCAAACCGCGCCAGAGCUCAUCACGACUGCGUGAGGGUGUAGGGGUCGAUCGCAGCAUGUGUAAGCUAGAGAAGAUGAGCAUGAUCUCGAACAGCAUGCAUUUGUGAUGGGAUCGGAAGCACGGCUGUGAGAGGCUGCAAAGCCGUGCGCAAGCAUGCACCUACCAGGCAGCUGGAGCGAAAGCUAGAAGCAUAAUCCACAAUGCGCUGCGGAUCUGCGGGAACUAGACGAGGCCAGUGCAGCGUGAGGCUAGAGUAUGAAUACAUGCGGAGACAG